AUGGAAAGUCUCCCACCCGAACUCAUCCUGAAUAUAGUUUCAGGGCUUCCUGUUUCGUUUUUAGUACAAUUCAAGUCUAUAUGCAAAGGUUGGCGCAUGUUAUUACAAAAUCCUGAUCUUGUUAAUAUGCACAGCACACGCAUGCGUGAGAGCAAUCCAUGCCUCAUCUUCCACUGUGAUUAUCUAAUCAGAAACCAGCUUUACUUUGUAGAGCUCCCUGCUUGCAUCGACAAGAAGGAAAAGGUGAAAAAGCUUCAUGUGCCUUUCUCGGUUACGAUGCCUGAGUUUGAUGUUGUAGGCUCAUGUAACGUUUAUUGCAACUACGAGAUACUAGAGAUAUGGGUGCUGAAAAAGUAUGGUGUGGGUGAGUCUUGGAACAAGAAAUUCUGUAUAGGAAACUACGUGCCUAUUGGACUUGAAAAGGAUGAGGACCAAUAUUUUGAGAUUUUGAAGAUCACUUCGAAAAGAAGGUUUGUUAAUUCGAGUUUUAUGCCUCUUGAAGACCGGCGGUGA